GUAUAUAAAUUCAUAUUGAUUCAAGUAAACACGGUAUUAUAAUAUUCUAGAAUAUUUCUAUGAACAUCCUGUCACUGUCAUAUUGUCAUUUUGGUUUGUACAAAUUCUUUCACGUUGAAAUUCAGUGUAGAGAGGAAUCAUGGGUCGUGUUAUCCGUGCCCAGCGUAAAGGUGCUGGAUCAGUUUUCAGAUCCCAUACCAAAAAAAGGAAAGGAGCACCCAAACUUCGUAAUCUCGAUUUUGCCGAAAGGCAUGGUUUCAUUAAAGGUGUAGUAAGAGAUAUAAUACAUGACCCCGGCCGUGGUGCCCCUUUGGCUGUAGUACAUUUCAGAGAUCCUUACAAGUUUCAAACUCGUAAGGAACUAUUCAUUGCUCCUGAAGGAAUGUAUACUGGGCAGUCAGUGUACUGUGGAAAAAAGGCUCAACUCCAAAUUGGUAAUGUCAUGCCAGUUGGAUCUAUGCCAGAAGGUACCAUAGUAUGUAACUUGGAAGAAAAAACCGGAGAUAGGGGUCGUUUGGCUAGGGCUUCAGGAAAUUAUGCCACUGUUGUUGCCCACAACAAUGACACCAAAAAAACUAGAGUGAAGUUGCCUUCUGGUGCUAAAAAAGUUAUCCCAUCCAACAAUAGAGCUAUGGUUGGUAUUGUUGCUGGUGGUGGUAGGAUAGACAAACCCAUCCUUAAAGCUGGUCGAGCUUAUCAUAAAUACAAAGUUAAGCGUAACUGCUGGCCUAAGGUUCGUGGUGUGGCUAUGAACCCUGUUGAGCAUCCUCACGGAGGUGGUAACCAUCAACACAUCGGUAAAGCUUCCACUGUUAAGAGGGGUACUUCUGCUGGUCGUAAGGUUGGUCUUAUUGCUGCCAGAAGGACUGGUAGGAUUCGUGGUGGAAAAGGAGAUAAGAAGGAUGAUUAGAAUUUUAAAGUUACAGCAGUUUUCUGUAUAUUUCAUUUGGAAUGUAUAUUUUUUCUGACUUCAGUGAAAUAUAGAGUUUGCUGUUA